AAAUGUCUGUUCGAUCAACUGGAUACACGGUUACUGAAGAUGUGCUCCUUUGUCAAGUAUUCUUGGAUAUUUCUCAAGACCCUAUUAUCGGUAGAAACCAGUCUCGAGAUGCAUUUUGGUCUCGUGUGGAGGACAAAUACAAUGAACUUCGAGAUCAGCAUUUUGAGAUGCGUACGAGCCGAUCAAUUCGUUCUCGAAUGGAAAUCAUAAGUAAUGAAGUAAGGAAAUUGAAUGCGUGCUUGAGACAAGUAGAGAAUCUGAAUCCAAGUGGUGCUUCAGAUGAAGAUAUUUUAGUUCGAGCAAAGAUGUUAUUUAUGCAAGAACCAAAGUACAAAAAAGGUUUCAAAUUUGAUCAUGUCUGGAAUAUGGUUAAAAAUUUCAAAAAAUUCAAAGAUGAUGUCCCCACAGCAAGACAAGUUGGUCGAAGACAAUCCCAAAGUGUGAACUUCGACUCGUCACAAUCAGAUAAUCCCACUCCGGAAUCUCCUAUAUCAACAUCUCCUGGACUGUCAUCAUUUACUCCAUCUGAACGACCUAUUGGGGUAAAAAAAGCUAAAUUGAAAAGGAAAAAUGAUGAUCAUGAGUCAAGUGUAGUGGACUCCAUCGAGACCUCCAACAAUCGACUUAUAGACAGGUUAGACAAGGCGAGCUUGGACAGCCCUGUUAUCAUAAUCCUGUUAUCUGUUGAUGCUGUAUAUGAUGAUAAUGUUUAG